UCUCACGCGCUACUAACGAAGCGUGAGUUUCAGUCUCCUAAACGAGGAAACCAAAUCAUGAGAAUCCAAAGUAGACAUCUCAUUUAUAACCAAUCUUUUUUCUUCUUCGACUUCCUCUUUCCUUAUCUCUCCAUCUCAGUGGAGAGACAAAGGAACAUUCUUGAAAUCUUUCCUGCACAAUGCUAACUCUUUAGCAGAUUCAAGAAACAAAGCUCAAAUCUUUCUUCACACCCGCUUUGAAUCUAAACGUGUUCUUGUUCUUGUUCUUGUUCUGAUAAUGCGGUCAAACGCCGUCGUUUUAGCGGCGGUCUUGUGUUUGUUUCUUCUACCACCGUUCGCCGUCGGGAUACGUACCGGUCCGGGGAGGAUCACGACCGUCAACGGCGGAAGAAAUGCGUUUAGUAAACUCGGUCCGUUCAUGGAAGCUCCGGAAUACAGAAACGGCAAGGAGUGCGCUUCUCUAGUAAACAGAGAGAACUUCGUGUCGUCUUCCAACGACCCUUCUCUAGUCCACAUCGCAAUGACUCUAGACUCCGAGUAUCUACGCGGCUCGAUCGCAGCCGUCCACUCCGUUCUCCGCCACGCGUCGUGUCCAGAAAACGUCUUCUUCCACUUCAUCGCGGCCGAGUUCGACUCAGCGAGUCCCCGCGUACUGAGCCAACUCGUCCGGUCGACUUUCCCGUCGCUGAGCUUCAAAGUCUACAUCUUCAGGGAAGACACGGUGAUCAACCUCAUAUCGUCGUCGAUCAGACAGGCUCUCGAGAACCCGCUGAACUACGCGAGAAACUACCUCGGAGACAUACUCGACCGGAGCGUUGACCGAGUCAUCUACCUCGACUCGGACGUGAUCGUUGUCGACGACAUAACCAAGUUAUGGAGCACUGAGUUGACCGGGACACGUGUCAUCGGGGCUCCGGAGUAUUGCCACGCGAACUUCACGCACUACUUCACUUCCAACUUCUGGUCAGACCCGGUUUUACCGGGUCAGAUCUCGGGUCGGACGCCUUGCUACUUCAACACGGGGGUGAUGGUGAUGGACAUGGUUAGGUGGAGGGAAGGGAGCUACAGGGAGAAGCUAGAGAAGUGGAUGCAGCUCCAGAAGAAGAUGAGAAUCUACGAUCUUGGUUCUUUGCCACCGUUCUUGCUCGUGUUCGGAGGGAAUGUUGAAGCUAUCGAUCAUAGAUGGAACCAGCACGGUCUAGGAGGGGACAACAUACGAGGAAGCUGUCGGUCUCUGCAUCCUGGACCGGUGAGUUUGUUGCAUUGGAGUGGGAAAGGGAAGCCGUGGGUGAGACUUGAUGAGAAGAGGGCUUGUCCGUUGGAUCAUCUUUGGGAGCCGUAUGAUCUGUAUAAGCAUAAGAUCGAGAGAGUUAAAGAUCAGGCUCUGCUUUGGUUUGCUUCUUUGUCGGAGUUAGCUGAUGAUUGAAGCUUCUUGUGAGAGUGGUUAAAAGAAAAGUUUACAUUUGUUUAUUUUCAUGUUGUGCGUUUUUACAGAUACAUUUGUUCAGGUGAUUCUUUGAUUUUGUGGUGUAUAAAUGGAAUUAGAGAGGGAGAGAGUGAGAGAUAUAGAGGCUGUUGAUGAACCCUUCUUUGAGAAUUCUUUUUUCAUUUUGGUGCAUCUUCUUGUUCCUUAAUAAAACUCAUCUUGAAGUGCCU